UCUCGCUCUAACCGCAUAGGGAAAGCGCCUUUUCGGUCCGGCAAUGUCGCUUUUCGUCGCCGGCGAUAUCGCGGAAGGGAUGAGGGUUUGGUUGUGUUGUGUUGACGGAUCACAUGAAAGCUUCCCUGGCCCUCAGUUUUGUUGCCGCGCCGCUGCCCGCUGUCUGUUGUCGGUUCAAUGUGCACAAAUGGCAAUUUGCAGAGAGGUUUGUUUCGGACUCCAACAAGCAAAAAGGAAAACUAGGGACCCAUUGUAUUGCAAUUCGAAACGGCGGGUGGACAUUCGGAUAUGCCAGGUCAACUAUUUACACCGGCAAGCGCAAAGCCUUGCCUAGUCAUCGACUAUCGGGUUUCGUUUUCCCUGGCCCGCGCAAUCCACUAGGGUCAAUUCGGGCAAAGGUGGAAAGCCUCUCUGAGCGACCGCCGAACCACCCAUUCCGAUUUGGAAGAACUCCAUGGCGAAACCUUAAUGGCCAUAUAUUGAGCCAGCUGAAAGGGCUGGAGGUCUGCUGAUCAGUCAGAUGACAUGGCGAUAGACGGAUCGUCCUAGACUUGAAGGAAGUGCGCCGUCGUUCGGUGUCAUCGCACGGAAUGCAGCAAUAGACAGGUUUUGACAGCUCGCCUGUCGAUCAAGAUGCUUGCCACUCAAGUCAACGUCGCAGUUGACU